GGCGCAGGCGCGGCCGCCCCGCCGGGGUUGGAGGUCAGGGGUGAGGGGCGGGUUCCUGCGGCGCGGCGGCGGCAUGGCGGGCCGUGGCGAUGGGCCGGGGGGCGACGCGGCCACGGCGGCCCCCGAGCGGGUGCUCUUCCCGCCCAACUUCAGCGUGUCCGAGAUCAAGAACAAGCAGCGGCGGCACUUUAUGUUCCUCCGCUGGAAGCAGCAGCAGCGCAAGGCGAAGCUGGCCAGCAGGAAGAAGCGGCGAAAGGAGCGAGAAGCCCUCGGAGACCAGGCACCUCCAAAAGCCGUACCGAAGACAAUUGAAAAUCAGAGAGUAUAUGAUGAAACAACUGUAGAUCCCAAUGAUGAAGAGGUUGCUUUUGAUGAAGCAACUGAUGAAUUUGCACCCUAUUUCAACAGACAGACGAUUCCCAAGAUUCUUAUUACAACAUCAGACAGACCUCGUGGGAGGACAGUAAGAUUCUGUGAACAAUUGUCUACUGUUAUACCUAACUCACAUGUCUACUAUCGAAGAGGAUUGGCUUUGAAAAGAAUUAUUCCACAGUGUAUUGCAAGAGACUUCACAGAUUUAAUCGUCAUUAAUGAAGAUCGCAAAAUACCAAAUGGUCUUGUUUUAAGUCAUUUGCCUGAUGGCCCAACUGCUCACUUCAGAAUGAGCAGUGUCCGUUUGCGUAAAGAAAUAAAGCGAAAAGGUAAAGAGCCCACAGAACAUAUACCUGAAGUAAUCCUGAAUAAUUUUACAACACGACUGGGCCAUUCUAUUGGUCGUAUGCUUGCUUCUCUCUUCCCACAUGAUCCUCAGUUCAUUGGAAGACAAGUAGCUACAUUUCACAAUCAGCGAGACUACAUCUUUUUCAGAUUCCACAGGUAUAUCUUCAAGAGUGAAAAGAAAGUGGGGAUUCAAGAACUUGGGCCACGUUUUACCUUAAAGCUGAGGUCCCUUCAGAAAGGAACCUUUGAUUCCAAAUUUGGAGAAUAUGAAUGGAUUCAUAAGCGCCGAGAAAUGGACACAAGUAGAAGAAAAUUUCACUUGUAAGUGACAGCUGUCUGCUAACUGCUGAUAAUGACCAUGGAUUGUGUCAUCUCAGACUCCUAAGCAGGGAUGAUGUUACUGAACAACUACCUUUCUGCAGAAAGACAAACUGCCAACAUGUUCUACAGGAACAAUUAGUUAGGAUUGCAUCUUCUUUCCUAUGUUUUCAGCUAAACCAGAUGUGACUAAGACAGUGACUUUUGUUCCAGUUUAGCAGAAAAAACUAUGGCAAUGUGAGAGCAGCCAGUAAUUUAGCUAUUACUGAAGCUUCACCAUGACUGCUUCUGUGCCCUAGAGAGAAAUUUCACUUUGAAACACCAAAGACAGUAAAAAUUUUGGUUAAAGAUAUUCUCAAAUAAAGUAUUUUGCAAUUACA